AUGCGCGGUCAUUUGCCGCUGAAAACUGCUGGACGAGGGCUUCGCCAGCUUCAGCGUCCUUACGCUGGGGCAUCUCGGCGUCGAGCUAUCCAGAUCAGCGCCACGCCAACGACCGAAUCUCCAAUCCUCGGUGGGGAUGCUCUAGGCAACUCAAUUGAUGUAUCUACGGAUUCAGCAGAUGCCAGAUUCGAAGUUUUUGGAGCGCCCUAUUCUCUUCUGUCGGUCUCAUUAUCUGCCUCGCAAAAGCUAUACACAAGGAGAGGGACACUGGUUGGAGUACAAUCCACCUUAUCCAUUCUCGAGCCCUUUCGACGAGCCGCUCUUGGCCUGCCUUUCUUAUAUCAACGAAUCUCCUCGACAACUCCAAUAACGGCCUUGAUAUCUACGAAAUCUCCUAUCACUUCUUUUACUGUAUUACACCUUAAUGGUACCGUUGACUGGAUUGUUGCCCAACGGAAGGCGUUGCUGGCUUGGACUGGAUACACACUUUCUGUUUCGCCGAGGGUAAAUCGACAAAUGAGUUUGGCCCACUGGGGCAACUCAGAGGUUACUGGUAGAGGGCUUGUGGCGCUGGCUGGGCCUGGUCAAAUAUACCAGGUCACAUUGAAGGCGGGAGAGCAGUAUGUGGCACAUCCAGCUAACGUGGUCGCAUAUACUGUAACACAACAUCCACCUUUACCAUACAGACUCAAGUCUUCGAAUCUGAGGUUUCAAGUGCCAAAUCUGGGGUUUGGCGAUUUGCUAUCAAAGAUUAAGUUUUUCCGGGUUAUGAAGGAGACCGACACUUGGAGAGGAAUCAGGCAACUGCUAUUCAAUUUCCGGACAGCUGCUCGAAGAACUAUUUGGGGGGAUCGGCUAUUCUUACAGUUUCAUGGCCCGACUAUAAUUUUGAUGUCUUCAAGAGCAGCGCGGGUUAGUGAUGUUCUCACAUCGAGGGACGUCAACGAGAUUGCCGACUCUCCACCUGGAGCGGUUCAAUCUGCGGUAACACUUGUGAACAACCCAAAGGAAAAAGAAACUGCUUCGGAAAGAAAAGCCGAUGUACCAACGGGGUUUCAUGUGGCUGAUGUGGGUAGGGAUGGGAAGGUAAAAUUCGAAGACGUUCAGGAUGUCAAGCCAUUUGUAAAAUAG